AUGGACCCUUCACAGCCACCUGAAAAAACCCUUGGACCUAGGCUGAAUCUGCCCGACAAUUUUGGAUCGCUGUUACAGAAUCCGUAUCCGACACCACACUCGUUCUCACCAUCGGCCUCCGCAUCUGCACUGUCGCAGAACUAUCAAUCGAAUGUUUCGUCCUCCGUUCCUGGUUCAGCCCCCGGUACAGUUGCGCCUAAAGUAGCCAUCCCCCGGUUACCCCCCACCGAUGUAUCGCAUGGGCGCCGUCGCUCAGCGCGCGCAUGUGAGCCCUGCCGCCAGCGCAAAAUAAAAUGCGACGGACUGCGGCCGUCAUGUUCCCAAUGUAUUUAUCACCACCAGCAAUGUGCCUACGAGGAUGUGAAAAGAGUACGCGACCAGAAGCGAUUGGGGUCCUUGGCCAAGCGCGUGGAGGCGUAUGAGUCUCUACUUCGAGAUCUAGAGGGUGAGGUGGACCUUGAAACGGCCCGAAAGAUUAGGAGAAUCAUGAAGAACCCUGGGAAACCACUCCCGAAGAACGAUGACGGGUCCGAUUCGGAUUCCUCGAUGGGCUCUCUCGAGGCUAUUGAUCAGGUAGACGAGGACCUGAACCGAAGCGAGGGGACGCGCGCCGCCGGCUUCUUCGGGAAGAACUCGGAAAUCCAGUGGAUGCGCAAGCUGGAUGUUGGCACGAGUAUGCAAAACCCCGACAGCGCUGCAUCCUUCUAUUUUGGCAGUAAUCAAGAUGCACCAUUCGCGCAGCAGCCACAGCUCGGAAGGGUCAACUCCACUUCGAUGAUGGACUAUCAUCUUGAUAAUCUAGACAUUCCGCUGAUCGAGCCGUGUAAUCCGCUUGCCGUGCCGUCGCGUAAACUUGCGGAUCGCUAUAUUCACGCCUUUUUGACCUACGUUCAUCCGACAUUUGGCGCUAUUCGUCUGACAACCUUCAUUUCGCAGUACCAGAUGUUUUUUGAAAACGCAUCAUCGCCACCCGUGAAAUGGCUGGCAAUUUUGAACAUGAUCUUUGCGAUUGGCUGUCGCUACACUCGGCUUGUAGAUGGUCCCGACUCGAGCGAUGAUGAUCUUAUUUUCUUGACUCGCGCGCGCCACCUUGGCCUACACAGCAAGGUUCUUUUCGAGCACACCGAUCUCCAGCAGAUUCAGCUGGAGCUGCUAGUCGCUAUAUACCUCCUCUGUCUGGGACAGGUUAACAGAGCCUCCAAAUUUUCCAACAUGGCUCUCCGCUCUGCUCUAUCCUUGGGCAUUAACCUCCGACUGACAGAUAACCGAACACAAGACGCAGCCAAGGAGGCCCGUGGUCGCCUUUGGUGGUCUAUUUACUCAAUAGAACACCUUAUAACUUCCAUGACUGGCCGCGCCUCUUGUGUAGGUGAAGGCGUUUGCUCUGUGCCACCUCCGCUCCCUUGCGAGGAAGAUAACUUCAGCCAGCCGGGAGUCCAACACCUCUUCCAGGAUCCCAACUUACGGGAUUCCCAACUGACUUCCACCCUAUUUGAAUCUUCCACCCAAUUCAACUCACAGGCCUGGAUAUCCACUUGUGCUCCCUGUCCAUCCCUUUUCUUCAACUUCCUCGUCGACUUGAAUCUCAUCACCCACGCUCUGAUGAACAAAGUAUACUCAAUCGAGGGACUCCGUAAAGGCCCCUCUCAAAUCGAGUACCACGUAUCAAAGUUCGGCACCAGAAUGGACCGCUGGCUAGACAAGAUCCCCCCAUUCUACCAAUUCACCUCACCCGAAGCCGGCCCCUGGCACCUCAAUCACUCCAAGCUCCACGACCUAUCCGCAACUUUCGUGCGCGAAAGCGUCUGUCUAGCCAUGUCCUACUACUCUGCCCGAAUUGCCCUUUGCAGACCAUGCCUAACACACAUCCACACCCAAUCCUCCCAGCCGCGCUCCCCCGAAACAAGCGGAACGCCCCGCGCCCAGUUCCGUGCCGACACGGCAACACAAUGUCUCCAGGCCUCAAGCGCCAUGAUCUCCAUCCUACCCGAAACACCCAACAUGUCCUGGCUCGCACGCACAGCGCCAUGGUGGGGUGUUCUUCACUUCCUCAUGCAGGCGACGACUGCCCUCCUCCUGUGUCUUUCUUACUGCUCAUACACGCGGACGAAGAAUUCUCGUAGUCCAGAUCCAACCCCUGGCUCGCCUGCACUGUUAGCUAACUACCCACCUCUUCAAGAGACGGAUUUAAGUACGGCCAUUGCCUCGGCGAAGAAGGCAAUGCAUUGGCUUCAUGUGACUGCCUCUGUGGACCCGGCGGCGAGGAGGGCGUUCAUGCUCUGCGAGGGAAUUGUGAAAAGAAUUGCGCCAGGUCUGGAUAUUGACUUGCGGGAUUGGCCGGAUGGAAACGGCUUUGCUGAAGCUAUUCGGGCCAGUCGAAGUUCCAGUGGCAAUGGUAAUGACUAUGGGAAUGGGAAUGGGAAUGGGAAGGGGUAUGGCUAUGAGGGAAAUGGAAGUGGGAUUGGUAGAGAGAGUGGGAUGGAAGCUUUUGAGGAGUUGAUCGACUUCGAGGGAGGUGUUUUCUAG